GUUACCAAGUAAAACUUAUUUUGCAUUCACUUGUUAACUCUUAAGCUCUUUAUCUAUGGCCCCUGUACCUCUUUCACCAAUCAAGGUUGGGCACAUUGCCGAUGUCCAAGAACUGAGAAAGUCUAAACCAACCACAAUUCCAGAAAGAUUUGUGAGGGACAUGACCGAGAGGCCAACACUAGCCCCUCCUCCAUCAUCACCCAACGACAUCCCCAUUGUUGACUUCUCCAAGCUUACAAAAGGAAACAAUGAUGAUGAAGUCCAUGGUGAAAUUCUGAAACUUGCAACAGCAUGUGAGAAGUGGGGGUUCUUUCAGGUAAUUAACCAUGAAAUUGAGCUGAGUUUGCUGGAGAGCACAGAGAACAUGGCUGAGGAAUUCUUCAUGCUGCCACUGGAAGAGAAACAAAAGUACCCAAUGGCUCCUGGGACCGUUCAAGGAUAUGGGCAGGCGUUUGUGUUCUCAGAGGACCAGAAGCUUGAUUGGUGCAACAUGUUUGCUCUUGGGGUUGAACCCCCCCACAUCAGGAACCCCAAACUAUGGCCAACAAAGCCUGCCAAGUUCAGUGAAACUAUAGAUGUUUACUCGAGAGAAGUGAGGAAACUUUGCAAGAAUCUGUUGAAAUAUAUAGCCAUCAGCCUGGGCCUGAGUCAAAACGUCUUUGCAGAGAUGUUUGGGGUGGCUGUGCAAGCCAUUAGGAUGAACUACUACCCACCAUGUUCAAGACCUGACCUUGUGUUAGGUCUAAGCCCGCAUUCAGAUGGAAGUGCCCUGACAGUGCUGCAGCAAGGAAAGGGCAACUCAGUAGGACUGCAAAUCCUUAAAGAUAACACAUGGGUUCCUGUUAAGCCCAUCCCAAAUGCGCUUGUGAUCAACAUUGGUGACACCAUAGAAGUUCUUACAAAUGGUAAAUACAAGAGUGUGGAGCACAGAGCAGUGACUCACAAGGAGAAAGACCGGCUCUCAAUUGUCACAUUUUAUGCUCCAAGCUACGAAAUGGAGCUUGGCCCAAUGCAAGAAUUAGUGGAUGAAAACAACCCAUGCAAAUACAGAAGAUACAAUCAUGGAGAGUACAGUAAACACUAUGUAACAAACAAGUUGCAAGGCAAGAAAACCCUGGAGUUUGCAAAGAUUCAAACUAAGAAGGCCCCACUUAGUCCCCCACCUUGGGAUUAUUAGAAAUUGUAUAUAUAUAUAUAUAUUAUAAUUAAGCCCCUGUCCCCUAAAUGUUAUGAAUGGAAUUGGACUAAUCCACUAGUUAGUGAUUAUGUAUAAGAAAGUGUCGACCACAAGACUACUCUGUCAAGUGUAGCUCAUAUAUGUAUAAACCAUCGAUUAAUGGAAGCUUUUCUUGUCAAA